UAAUGAUAGUUUGUUGAUAUUGUUCUCAUUUGAUUUCAGGAUUCGGUUUUACAUAUGAGUUCCCUAUUUCAUGCUUUCAUCCUUUGUCAGUUGUGGACCAUGUACUGUGAGUCGACGGCCGCCCAGUACCCUAUGGACAGUGAGAACCACAAGCUGGCCUUCACCAUGGUGAUGGAUUUCUGGGGGCGGGUCACCCCCGGCAUACUACAGAUGUUGAACACCCCCAAGGAGCAUGAGAGACCACAAAGACAGUUAGCAGAGAUGGUCAAUCUCCAUUUCUUGAGUUUGAUGGAGGCCCUAAGGGAGUGUAAUUCUUCUGUCCUUGCCAAACUUUAUCCCAUGUGGACCUCAAUUCUCUUUACCUACCACUCACAGCUGCCCGGCCACCUACAAGUCAGACUCCAGACGGUGGAGAAUUGGAAGCCACCCAGCACCUCCAAGGACCAGGCCUCCUUCAGCAUUCUCCUGACCUGGUUAAAGCGGAUACAGUUCAAACUGGGUCAGGUGGAGGUCCAGUCAUCGGCCGCCACUCAGUUCUACUCUGUGUAAAAAUAACAACUAAAUGGGGGAUUUAAGGCUGGGUUUUAGAACUUUGUCAAAUGUAUCAGAAAACAUGGAUAGAUUACAAGGAAUCAGUUUGUUCUAACAAUUUGAUAUGUACAGUUGUUUAGGAUCGUUUUUCAUAUCGGGAUGUAUAACUUGGAGAUACAUGUAUGUCACAAAGAUUCAAGAAUGAUAAAUUGUUAGGAUAAGACUUUAAGAUUUUAAAGACAGGAAUGUUUGUUAGAUAGAAAUCUUUGUUAGUGUCAAUUAGAGCUGUUCAAAUACAAAUAAGACACCUUCUCCUUGAACAGAAAAUGUUUUUUGUAACCAUAUAUAAAUUUAUAAAUUUAUAGAUUGCAUCAUGUAAUUAUGACUUGUCAAAGGUUAUUUGUUUUUGUGUUUUUUGUGGGUUUUUCU